UAGUCAUCAUGAUGACGGUCAGACGCUUCAACUCUCUGCUGCUGCUCGCUCUGCUCACAGUCAGUGGAUCCAGCAGCAGGAAGGUUGUUGGUCGAGCAGGUGAGGACGUCACUCUGCCCUGUAAAUAUAACAUCAAGAGUAACGGACCAAGGGCAGUUUGUUGGAAUCAAGGAUCAAUACCAACUUCAGGCUGCAACAACCAGAUCAUCUCCACAGACGGAUCUAAAGUGACAACUAGAGCUUCCAGCAGGUAUCAGUUACUGGGACGACUGGAGGAUGGAGAUGUUUCUCUGACGAUCCUGAACACCACAGAGGAAGGUGCUGGACUGUACGGAUGCAGAGUGGACAUAUUUGGGUGGUUCAAUGACCAAAAACAUCACAUCGAUCUGACCAUUGAGAAAGCUCCGUCGACCACGUCAACACCAACCACAGAAACGACAGAACAUACGACAAACACAUCAGGUCAGGUGACCGCUACAUGGAGCCUCCCAACUUCCUCAAAUAGCAUCGACCCUGAGCGGUUCCAAAGCGGAGCAACCAUCAGUCACCUCCUCUACAUGGAUGACAUCAAGCUGUAUGUCAGGAAUGCACCAGGGAUGGACUCACUGAUCCACAUCACCAGGAUCUACAGAAACCACAUCAGACUAAAGUGUGGUGGGACCAAAGAGAGGGAAGAGGAUCAGAACCGAGAGGGCUGA